UCCGCGGACCUCGGGAGGGGCCGCACCCCGUCCCCGACUCGCUCGCAAACGCCGCGGCCGCCCGAACCUCCCGGCCGCGGGACCGCGACACUACGGGGCCCCGGCUCCGCGCGCUGCGCUCGGGCCGCGCCUGCCUCGGUGGCCGCGCGGGGCAGGGAGCUGCGGGGACCGGAAGGAUGGCGAGGAAGUCGGCGCGGGUUUCCUGACAGGAGAGAUUACUUCCGUCCGGGCUGCGGCCUCUCUGGAGCCGGCCGGCGGGGCUCGGGGAGCGGCGUGCGCGGGGCUCGGGGCCGCGCCUUGCCGCCUGCAGCGCCCGGGCGGGCCGCGGGGGUCUUGGCGGGACGCGCUCGGCCCUGUCGCAGGGGCUCGCGGGGGGGAUCCUGCAGGGGGGGCAUCUCCGAGCGCCAAGCCAUGGUGGCCAAACAGCGGAUCCGGAUGGCCAACGAGAAGCACAGCAAGAACAUCACCCAGAGGGGGAACGUGGCCAAAACCCUGAGGCCUCAAGAGGAGAAAUAUCCUGUGGGACCAUGGCUGUUGGCACUGUUUGUUUUUGUUGUCUGUGGCUCAGAAAAGGUGUGUUUUCCAGAGGUUCCUGAUGUGCAGCCAUCCUGGGCCUUGCUCCCAGACGGAGAAAGACUUGCCCCAGCCGCAGGCUGCUUCUCGGUUGGGCCGCCAGUGUCCCCAUUCACUCCCCUGGACACUUGCUCCAGAACAGAGCUGAAUUCACCAUAUUUGCUGGUCAACCACAUAAACUGGCCUUUCCUGGAGAUUGCCAGAACUUUCUCAAAAGUGUGACAUCCAGAGGGAGUCACCCCCCACAACGAGCAAGUGGGAUGUUUGUGGAACUGGCCAGCCCCGGAGGAAAGGCUAAGGCCAUUCAUCUGCUCUGGAGUUCUAUCCUCGGGUUCUGAGACGCACAGCCUGGAGAAGACAUAUCAUCAGAUCAUUGCUCCCUCAAGGUGACCUGUGGCCUCCCUUGUGCCCCAGGGCUUUUGGAAUUGUGUAGAGGCCUCUCAAAGCAAGGUUCUGACAGAAUGCUUCACAUUCUUAGCUAACGACAUCUGGGUUUUAACAGCUCCUGUCUUUGGCAUCUCUAAGAAGCCACCAGAAGAUGACUCCCUUUUUGACUCCCUUUGUGCUGAUUCUUUUAGAGAACUGAAUGACCUGCCUUGCAAUGUCUUGUCUCUGACAUUCCCGCCUGCUUCUCAGAGGGCCCGCACUUCACUUUCUAUCAGCUCUUUGAUCACUUUCGUUUUCUUUCAUGAAAAGUAAUCAAAAUCGUAUGAUUUCUAGGUUGUCUUCUCCUACAGGAUGUCCCCCUUCUGGUCUCUCUUAAUCUCUCUUCUCAGGAACUCCUUCCAUCUCCUUUAGCAUCAAUUUAUUGUCAAUAAAAGCGGCUUUAGGAAGCCUCCUAUUGGCUGACAAGGUUCCAGUUUUCUGACACUUUCCUACGGGACCCACUUGUUAUGUCAUCCCUGUGUCCUUCUGGCACGGCCUCCUAACUGGGGAGGUCAGUCCCCAGGGUGAGAGCGGGUUGGGGUGGCCCCUUCUCAGGCCUUUAGGAGCUUACGGUCUGGUACUUCCCCUUCACAGACUGAGCUUUAGAGACGCUGGCAUCUAAGGCAGCCGUUUGGUGCUGACUCUUGGUUUGCAAAGUAAUCAUUUGAGGUUGUUAAAAUGUAUUUUCCUCUGUGCUCUUCGGAACAUUCGCCUUUCAGUAAUUCAGUGACAUUUGCAGAGGAUCUGCCUUGUGCCACACCCGGCCCCCGUUAUCCUGGACUUUACAGUCUAACGGCAAAGAAAGGUGAGUUAAUCAAGUCAUCACACCAAAACACUUUCAAUUCAGCCAUGAGACUGUUUAAAGGAGAGGCACAUGUGGCCGUGAAAGCAUGUCAUGCAAAGGACUGGUGUUCUCAAAGUGUGGUCCCUGGACCAGCCUCUCAGCAUCCCCUGUAAACUUGUUAGAAACAGAUUCUCAGUCCCUUAUCCCAGACCCGGUAGAUUAGAAUCUCCAGGGUAUGGGGGGAAGGUGUCCAGCGUCUGUGUUUUAACCUGUCAUCACAAGACUGCGAUGCAUGCUCAAGUCCGAGAACCUGGGCUCCAGGUGAUCAAAGAAGGCUUCUCUGAAGACGUUAACUUUCGGGUGUUGAAGGAAACUAGGGAAGAGGGUGGGCUAGCACUUCAGACGGAAGGAAUGGCAUGUGUACAAGCCAUGCGGUAAGAGCAUGGAGCUCUGGAAAACAUGAGGGCGUGCCUCAAGCAAGGAGAAGAGUCAUACAAGGUGAGUCUGACAAGUGGACGGGGGCCAGGAGUGCAGGUCACGGUGGCCUCAUCAGGGAUUGGGCAAUGGGAAGCUUUUGAUGUGCAGUAGGCACAGGAGUGACAAGAUAUUAUUUGUUUAUGUUGAAAGGAUAAUUCUAGCUACAAUAUGGAGAAAGGAUGGAAGAAAAGCAAGUGUGGAGCAGUGGGAGGGCCUCACUGGGGUCUGGGGGAGGAUGAUGGCAACCUGGGCUAGGGUGGCUUCUGAAGAAUGGAAAGAAGGCCAUCUUUCAGAUCAUUCAGAGCAUAAGGAUGGGCAUGUGAGAAGCCAGGGAUCUGACAGCACCUCCCUCCCACUGGAGGGGAGAGGACCACAGGUGCGGUCAGCCAGUUUCUGCAGGAAGCACGCAGGCCACACGGCGUAGAAAACAGCGCUCCCCCACUUUUCCCUGAUCACUUCAUCGUGGAUGUCAGACCGAAUUGCCUUCUCACAGGACCUCUUGGUGCGUCCGUGUUCUCAAGCGGAAAGGACAUUUUGCUUUUCUGUUGGCAGGAUUAGUAGCCACGUGGGUCGUCCGCAGCAGCGCUGUCUUUUCGGUUUUUCCCUCGGUUUCGCUCAUGUGUGCAUGUGGCCCUCUGAAUGAUCGCCGGGUUACUUUGUAUGGAUACAGUCUCUCCAUUGAGAAUUGGUUUUACAAAUAAAUGUCUUCAUCCAACCUUA